GGCGGCGGCGGUGCGCACGGGCCAGCAGCCAUGACCGGGUACGGACGGCGCUGUCGGGCACUGGCGCUGCUGCUGGCGCUGCUGCUCGUGACGGGCCAGCCGGCGGAGGCGCGCCGCGGCGGCCGGCGGCGUGGCGGCGGCCGCCGCAACCGCUUCGGCAACAUGCCCAUGAUCGGCACCUUCCGCAGUCCGGCCUCCAAGUCAUACUACAUGAACCCCAACGGUGCCCAAAUCACCAAGUGGUCACACUUCGAGUCGGAGUACAUCCUGGGCAGCAAGAUCGUCUUCAUGUGCACGGCUUCCGGCAAGCCAAGGCCCCACAUUACGUGGUACAAAAAUGGCAUCGAAGUCUACGCUCACAACUUUUUCAAGAUCACCGAGUACAAGGUGGGCGCCAACUCCACCGUGUCGCGGAUGGAGAUCACGCCGGCCAAGCAGAAGGACGCUGGCUACUACGAGUGCCAGGCCGACAACAAGUACGCCUUCGACCGCAGGGGCUUCCGCACCGACUUCAUCAUCCAGAUGGAGUGAAGGGCGGCCGUGUGGCCGGCCCGGUCGGGGGUCGUCGACGGGGUCGGGCGCGCCGGCCGGCUGCCGGUGACCUGAGCGUUGCGGACAUGGGCGUGGUAUCGCCUCUCUUGCGGCUCGAGACUCAGGGAUGUGAUCGAGGCAUUGGGGCACCGUCCCUCACCUCCACUGGCGCGGCAGCACGCCAUGGUGUGGCGCUCCAUCCCUGGGCGGAGAAACUGCUCGAGGCAGGGUGUAAGGGCGUUGCAAAGCGCGGAUGUGGGAUUUCUCCUAUAUAUAGCUAUGUGGAGGGACUCGAGUUCCCCAUCCUGAUGAACUGUUUAACAUAGCGUCUUUGACGUUGCAUUGGAUGGUUCUGCUCAAAAUCCCAAUAUGCCUCCCAAAACAUGUUGAGGAAGGUCAUACUUACUGGAAAAUGUUAUAUUGUCGACGAGUCAACGAAGAUGGGUAGCUCAAUAUGUUGCCAGAUAUGUGUCACAUAUUGUUCGUUUUGGGUAGUCAUGUAGAGACGGUCAUCUAAGAAUAAAUAGACUUCAUGUUU